AAUAACUCAUCCGCCCCGGCUCCACCGAACUCCGCCCCUCCACCCCCGAUAACCGUUUCCCCUCCGACACCGGCCGCCCUUUCGCCGCCUCCACCACGAGCCGGUGGUGCGCAAACACCUCCAUCUUCAAUUUCUCCUCCUCCUCCUCAUCCUCCACCAGCAGCACCCGCUAAUAGGGGCACCGAUUCUUCAUCGUCGGGCUCGAACGAUGCUUCGUCUCAGACUCAAUCCCAUGAUUCAAACACGAGUUCGGCCAUCAUCGCCGGAAUUGUCGCCGGAGGAGUGCUGGUUCUUGCAUUAAUCAUUUUCUUUCUAAUAUGUUCGAGGAAGAAAAAGAAACCUCGAUAUUAUAUGGAUCCCAUACAGCCCCCUAAAGGUAUACCCAUGCAACUUUAGCUUUAGAAUUUUUAAAAUCAAAGUGUACAAAAAUGCAUGAAUUCUUGAUAAUCUAAUAUAAAACAUGCAAUUUUGACAAAAACUCAUAGGGGGGUUUUAGUUACAUUUUGUAACACAGGGGGUUUUUGAGCCAUUCGAGAUUUCACAGGGGUACUAUUUGCAAAUAACUCUUUUUGGUAUGUUAACUGAUUUUUUCACUAUUAGGAAAUGAAAAAUACUACAAUGAUCCCACACAAUGGCAGAGUCCCCGCACCGCCGACCAGCAAUCAAACCUGCCGCCACCGCCGGGGUUCAUGAGCACCCCCGGCGGGGGGUGGGGGGCACCGCCCCCGCCGCCCCUAGUGAACACGAGCAGCGAUUACAGCUCUGUUCACUCGGGGCAGCAACACCAGACGCCGCCUAUGAUGGCCCCGUCGCCGAAUAUCGGUGUCGGCAUGAGCCAAUUCACGUACGAGGAUCUAGCGGCAGCCACCGCCGGAUUCUCUCAGGCCAACUUGUUGGGCCAAGGCGGCUUCGGCUUUGUGCACAAAGGGGUUUUGCCCGACGGGCGGGAGGUGGCGGUCAAGAGUCUCAAGUCGGGCAGCGGGCAGGGAGAGCGGGAAUUUCAAGCCGAGGUUGAAAUCAUUAGCCGGGUCCACCACCGCCACCUCGUCUCCCUUGUCGGUUAUUGCAUCGCCAACGGUCAAAGAAUGCUUGUCUAUGAAUUUGUUUCCAACAAGACUUUGGAAUUCCAUCUUCAUGGAAAAGGUCAACCGGUCAUGGCAUGGGCAAUGAGGCUUCGAAUUGCGAUUGGAUCGGCCAAAGGACUUGCUUACCUACACGAAGAUUGCCACCCUCGAAUCAUCCACCGCGAUAUCAAAACGGCAAACAUUCUUCUCGACGACAACUUCGAAGCCAUGGUGGCUGAUUUCGGUUUGGCGAAACUCACUUCGGAUAAUUACACUCAUGUGUCUACACGUGUCAUGGGAACUUUCGGGUAUUUAGCUCCCGAAUAUGCGUCAAGUGGGAAGCUAACCGAAAAAUCGGAUGUUUUCUCGUUCGGGGUCAUGCUCUUGGAAUUGAUAACCGGUCGUCGACCCGUUGACCCGACUAACUUAAUCAUGGAAGAUAGUUUAGUAGAUUGGGCGAGGCCUCUUCUGUCGAAAGCAUCGGAAGAUGGAAAUUACAACGGGCUGGUUGAUCCAAGGCUUGAAGGCAAUUACGUUCCGCAAGAGAUAGCUCGUAUGGUUGCUUGUGCUGCAGCUAGCAUACGUCAUUCAGCAAGACGGCGUCCUAGAAUGAGCCAGAUUGCACGUGCAUUGGAAGGAGAUUCGUCACUAGACGACUUGAACGAAGGCGUAAAACCGGGGCAAAGCAAUGUGUACAAUCCCAACGGAAGCAGAGAGGGGGCCUACGACACCGGGGCCUACAAUGCCGACAUGGUGAAGUUCCGACAGAUGGUGAUGUCAUCCCAAGAUUUCAACAGCAGUGAUUACGGAACGAGCGAAUACGGGCUCAACCCUUCUUCUUCUAGCAGCGAAGAGAUGGGAAAAUCGAGAACACAACAUGCAUCCACGAAGACAGAUAACUAAUUAAUAAAUUAAAUAGCACCACGAUUUAAAAAAAAAAAAAAAAAA